AUGUGUAUGACAUUCAUAUUUAUAAGCGAUGAUCCUAACUCGAAAUAUCAACUGAUUAUUCUCAAUAAUAGGGAUGAGUCCCUAGACAGACCUACGCUUGAACUCGAUUGGCGAGACGGCAUUCUUAGCGGAAUUGAUAUCCAAGAUCCCGCAAGGGGGACAUGGUUCGGCACGAACAGAUCGGGUAAAGUUGGAAUUCUACUGUCAAUUACACAGCCAGCUUCUACGAAGAGAAAAGGAUGUCCUAGCAGAGGUGCUAUCGCUAAGGAUUUUCUUGCGACAUCGAACUCGACCGCACAAUACUUCGAAGAACUAUCGAACAAAGCUCAUCUUUACAAUGGUUUUCAGUUUUUGGCUUUGAAUAGGAACGAUCGUGACACUUAUGAGAUGCGUUCAUUAACCAAUAUGUAUGUUGAUGAUGUUAAGACCAGAAAAUGGCCUCCAGGCACAUACGUAUGGGGAAACAGUCCUCCUGAGAAGCCGUUCCUGAAGGUCACCGAAGGUAGAAAACUUUUCGAAAAACUUGUUUCAUCACUAAAUAAUGGGACCAAAGUCGAGGAGAUUAUCAAGCGAUUGUUGGAAAUCGCUACGAACGACGUGAAGCAUUGCCCAGAUCCACAAAUUGCCUUACAAACCGGGAUGCCUCUGGAAAAAUACCAAUACUUCUGUUCGAUAAUGGUGGAAUUCCCCUUGGAUUUGUUGCGAUACGGGACGAGAUCUCACAGCAUACUGAUAGUCAGCAAAGAAGGCGAUGCGACCUUCUAUGAGAAACGAAUGGCGACACCACCACAAGGAGAUCGACCCGCCGAAUGGGCGGAGAAAACGGUGACUUUCCAUUUAGAGCAGAUGAGGAACUGA